AUGGCUGCUUUGAACGGCGCCGAAUGGGACGCGGUGUCGCCGCGCGUGGACGCGGUGCUCGUGCUCUACGACCACGACGGCAAGACGCCGAAGCGGCGCCAGUUCAAGACGCUCGACGAGGGCGUCGUGGCCUUCGACCGCCUCCAGCAGUUCCACGCGGCCCUGCGCGUGAAGCACCGCGCGCCGCCCAACGCUGAGGUCAUGGUCCUCUUCGCGCGCGCGUCGCGGCGGUCCGACGUCUGGUACGCGGCGCGGUCCUCCGGCGAGGGCGUCGCGGCCGUCGCGCUCGAGAACUGGGUCGGCCUCCGGCGCCUGGCCAAGUUCGAGGCGGGCUCGUCGCGCGUCGUCGCGGUGGUCGGCGGGUGCCUGCUGCGCGCGCUCCUCUGGGUCUUCGUCCAGCGCAAGCCGGCGACGGCGGCGACGCCGCGCCCCUGGCCGCCGUGGGUCGUGCGGCUCCUGAGCCUCGGGCUCGAGUUCUUCUGGCCGACGAUCCGCGCGACGAUCAACAACAGCGUCAACGUCUUAGUGCUCCCCAUCGCGAACGCGGCCAUCGCGCGGAUGGAGAACCGGGCCAUCGACAAGCUCACGAAGCUCGAGCUCGACAUCGGCUCCGAGGCGCCGACGCUCACGUCCGUCGCGGUCGCGCCCUCGCUGACGGGCUACGACUUCGUCGACGUCGACGUGGGCGUGCUCUACCACGGCUACCGCGUGCGCCUCGACAUGGAGGCGAACCUCGGGGGCGACGAGCUGCCGGACGUCGAGGGCCAGGUGUCGCGCUUCGGCGUCGAGGGCGCGCUGCGCCUCAAGCUCGGCCCGCUCACGACGGGGCUGCCGUGCGCGUCGCUCCUCCGGUACGGCUUCCUGCGCAAGCCGACGCUGACCAUCAACUCCGAGUUCGGCGUCCACGAGGCCGUGACGGCGCUGCCCGUGGGCAUCUCGCUGGGAGCCAUCGACCGCUUCAUCCAGCGCCUCCUCGACGACGUCAUCGCCGCGCGGCUCUGCUGGCCCGCGCGCGCGACCGUCGAUUUGGCGACGCUCUUCCUCGGGCCGGACCGCGCGCUGGACGUGCUCCCGGAGGAGAGCGCGCGCGACGCGUCGCACCCGAUCGGGCAGCUGCGCGUGGAAAUCGCGUCCUGCGCGAGCCUGCUCAACAACGACGUCGGCGGCAAGUCGGAUCCCUACGUCGUCUGCACCUUGGGCGCGACGAAGCGGACGACGACGACGAUCCACGACGACUGCGACCCGGCCUGGGAGCACCCGGCGACCUUCCUCUUCGACGUCCACGAGUCGAGCCAGGAGCUCCACGUCGCCGUCUUCGACUCGGAGGACGACAACUUCAACACGUUCGCGGACGCGCUCCUGGGGGUCGUCGCCGUGCCCAUGUCGGCGCUCUACGACGCGGGCGACGGGAGCGGGCCCGUGGAGCUCACGCUGCCCCUGGACUGCUCCGUCUACGACGGCAAGCUGAAGGCCUACCACGCGACGCGGACGCCCGAGCCGUCGUUCGUGACGCUCCGCGCGAUGCUCGACCUCGACGACGAGCCCGACCGCGGCGCGGCGGGCGCGCGCGCGGCGAAACUCGCGGGCGCCGCGGCGGGGGCCACGUUCGUCGCGCUCACCUACGCCGCGACGACCGCGGCGCUCCACCGGUCCGCGCUCGAGGCGCUCGCCCUCCUCCAGCUCCACCUCCUGAACGCCGCAGUCGCCGCGGCCGUCUUCGCCCUGGCCCUCGGGGCGCUGCUGUAG